GAGGGAGAGGUCCCGGGUUCGAGGGAUGGGCCCUCCUUUUUUCUACGGAUAAUACACGGUCUUACCUUAUUCCGAAUGAAUUACUGUAUCCACUGAUCCACAAGCUAAGAAAGAAGAGACUUUGGCGACAUAGGUGAUAGAAAUUGGGAGGUCUUUCAUCAAUAAUCUCUUGCCGGUAGACAUGGCUGCCGCACUCCAAAUCUCCAGCUCCCUUUUCACUUCAGUCAUCGAUACUACAACUAUCUCACAGCCGGUGAAGCUCUGUAUCAGCUCUCCAUUUAAGACUUUGAGCGUAGCUCGGUUUGGAACUUCCUUUGCAUCUGGUUCCACUCUUUUAUUGAAGACCUCUUAUCGAACUAAACCUGCCAGUAGAAGAGCACUGAUUACAGUAAGAUGCGAGCAGAGUACCAAUGAAAGCAGUGGUUUGGAUAUUUGGCUCGGUCGAUUUGCAAUGAUUGGAUUUGCUGCUGCUGUUGGUGUUGAAAUAUAUACUGGCAAAGGACUACUUGAGAACUUUGGGCUAACAAGUCCCUUGCCAACAGCUGCCCUUGCAGUUACAACAUUGGUGGGCGUUCUUACUACAGUUUUCAUUUUCCAAUCUGCUUCUAAGAGCUGAUUACUUGGUUUACAUGUGUUUUAUAGUAAAGUGAAAUUCUCAUGACACAUUCUUAAUUAAAUACAACUCCUAUCAUCACAUAAGUGUAUCAUGGCAGUAACACCAGUAAGCAGUUACCGGGUACGGCGGAAGGCAGAGAGUGAACUUGCGAAGUAGAUGCUUUUCUUUCUUCCUUUUCCUUACAACAACCUGGCUUACUAAUUUUUCACCCAGAAACAAGUGUUCAUGUAUAUAUGGGGAGUCAGCCAUGGGCACAGCCCCAAAAUACAGCACCCAAAACCAAGUUCAGCCAGAUUUUUUUCGGUUCUUUUUGUGUCUAACCUAGCAGACCAAGAAUGACUGCAUAGAAAGAAACUGCAGUCAAAUGGGAGAGAGGGUGGCCAACCAAAUGAAUUGAACUACCUUGCCCUAGGGUGUGGUCCAGGCUCAUUUUGGAGGACUAGAAGUCAUACUCGAAGUAGACUGGUUUCAGACAGGUUCUGAUUCAUUUCCAAUUAAUCUAGGGUCUGUUUGCAACAGCUUCUGCUUUUAAAAAAGUGCUUUUUUUAAUGAAAUGGGGAGAAUGUUGAGCAAGUGAUCAAGCUUGCAUGCAUACGUGGAAUAUUGGUUUUUUAGUUAUUCUUUAUUGAUUAAUAUUGUUUUUGAAUAAGUCUAAGUGGUUAGCUAAAGUUUAGGCAUU